AAAAUAUAAAAUAAAGAUUAAGAAACUAGAAAUAAUUGAAUGAAACCCUUUUCCCCCAAUUCAACGCCCGACCGGUGCUGACGUUACACGCUUUCCCUCUUUCUCUUCUCUCAUUUUCCUGUUUAGAUCUUAACAUUGCUCUUCCUCAUCUCCUCUGAGGAAUAGGUUUUGUUUGUGUUGUGUUGUUUCGAUGGCUGCUCCACCUGCUAGAGCUCGUGCUGAUUACGAUUACCUAAUUAAACUUCUCCUUAUCGGUGAUAGCGGUGUGGGUAAGAGUUGUCUUCUAUUGCGUUUCUCUGAUGGGUCUUUUACAACUAGUUUUAUCACAACCAUCGGCAUUGAUUUCAAAAUAAGGACCAUUGAGCUUGAUGGCAAGCGAAUCAAAUUGCAAAUAUGGGAUACAGCCGGUCAUUGGUUAAAAUUUCUGUCUCUGUUGUCAAUCCUGGCGACAUCGCACAUGAUCCUGGAAUCCUGGUGUGGUGGACGGCCUUGCUGUGAUGUCACCGGCCAUGGAAACGCCUUCACCGGUUGUGGCACUCGCGGCCACGAAUUGCGCCCCGACCCCGUACGUAUCAGUUCAGCAUCGUGCAUUUUGCCGUUGCUCAUCACUCUUCUUUCAUCUGCGUUCUUCAAUCUGCUUUCUUCUGCGUUCAUCAUUCUGCUACUGUGCGCUCAUCACUGUGCGCUCAUCACUGUGCGCUCAUCACUGUGCAUUUGUUACUCUGUUACAGUUACUGUUCUUCACUGCCUCUCCGAAGGCUGCUCUGUUUCACUCACUGAUUGUGAGCUCUGGUAUCAACUUGAGACUGAAGGUUUGGUGCUAAAACAUCUUCAGAGGUUUCCAGCUUGCAUAACUUCUUCAGAAGCUUCUAUCACAAGUAUUAUUCCUUCUUUUGCAGCUUACUACCGUGGAGCCAUGGGUAUUUUGCUUGUAUAUGACGUUACUGACGAGUCUUCUUUUAACAAUAUUAGGAAUUGGAUUCGUAACAUUGAGCAACAUGCUUCUGACAAUGUUAACAAGAUACUGGUGGGAAACAAAGCUGACAUGGAUGAAAGCAAAAGGGCUGUGCCAACCGCUAAGGGUCAAGCGCUUGCAGAUGAAUAUGGUAUCAAGUUUUUUGAGACUAGUGCAAAAACAAAUCUGAAUGUGGAGGAGGUUUUCUUUUCAAUAGCUCGGGACAUCAAGCAAAGACUUGCAGAUACUGACUCAAAAUCUGAGCCCCAGACAAUCAAGAUUAACCAACCAGACCAAGGACCUGGGGCUGCUCAGGCUGCCCAAAAAUCUGCAUGCUGUGGUUCUUAAUGGGAAGCUUGAGGGCAUACAUUUGACUAAGAAAUUUAAUUUUGUCAAUGACUAUGUCAUUAGUGCAUGUAUGAUUCAUAUUAUUUUACAGUUGCUACUCAUUGGGUGUGUGAAUGGUAGAUUUUCCCUAUGUUGGGAAAUUAAUUAUGUCAAUUUAUUGUUGCUUAAACUCCCUCUUUUUCAGGAGAUUAGUCAUGUACAUCGUGCCUUUCUUGAAACCUAGGGUCAAAGCAGGAACCCAGUCCGCAUUUGGCUUA